AUGACCUGGAUGUUCCUUAGAAGGGCAAUCAUCUUUCGAGAAAUAGUGAAUUACCAUUUUCAAUCAAAAAAACGCAGCCUUUCCUCAAGUAUCUUACGUUCUGUCCGUAGUAGAAUUGAAGCAACUCGUGAUUCGAAAAAUGAAUCCAGUUCUUCAAAUUAUAAUCACAACCUUCACCAUUUACCAUUGUUUUCAAAAGUUUGUGAUCAACCCCAUGAUUACAAACUUGACAUCGUAGAUGAUGAGACUUGGGAAAUUUCAACAGGUUUCGCAGAUGCCAUGAAAGAUGCUACUUCCCCAUCACAGGUAACUAAUUCCUCUCGUGCUCAAAUGGUUAAUCAUGCACCUCAAAACCAAAACGACCCUGAUUUUGAUGAAAUCGAUGAUUUGAGAAUAUGUGGAAAUCUGUUUUAUAAGCUUGACAAAUCUUCAAAAGAAUACGAAGAAUACAAUUUUGAUUUCCACAGGAGGAAAUCUUCUAAAAGGAAGGGUGAUUCAAUUUCAAAAGAGUCCCCAUCUUCAAGACUUGAAAAUGUUUCAAACAGACAAGAUGAGUUCACAGAAAGCAAAAAGAAAGGAAACCAACUUUCCAAAUUUCAUAAAUUGGAUAAACUGGAAGAAUCUUUAAUGGGAAAUAAGCAUAAGCAAAAGGAAAGGGUUCCAACUUUCAAUCAGUUAACAGCAGCUUAUCAUGAGCCAUUUUGUUUGGACAUUUACAUCUCAAAAGCAUCUGUACGUGCAUGCAUUGUUCAUCGAGCAACAAGUAAUGUUGUUGUUGUGGCUCAUUCCAUUUCUAAAGACAUGAAGUUUGAUUUGGGUUCAACUAAGAAUGUUGUUGCUUGUGCUGCUGUUGGGAAAGUAUUAGCACAAAGAGCUUUAGCUGAUGAUAUUCACAAUGUGAUUUAUACACCAAGAAAAGGUGACAAAUUGGAAGGGAAACUUCAAAGUGUACUUCAGUCUUUAAUAAGUAAUGGUGUAUGGGUGAAGGUGAAGGUUAAGAAGACGAAAGCUCGAAAACCUGGAUUUCAAUCUGCAGAUUAUAAGUGUUAG